CACACACACACACACACACACACACACACACACACACAGAGCGCAUCUGACCGUAUUUCCUUCAGCACAAGAAGCGAGAUAGGAAUUGUUCCGGAAUUCUUCGGGAAAAAAGGGGAAAUGUGUCUGAGAGCUGGAUUAGAAGGAUGUGGAUUCUGCCAUGAAAAAACCCCAUCAAUGUUGACUGGCGCUGUGACUGCUAACCGUAACCUAACAUAACCUGACUAACCCAAGCAAUGAAGAAUUGAGGCAAAAAACAAAGAAUAUUUAAAACAUUGUAAUAUUACAAUACAUUGUAAUCAUGACAAACAUUACACAUGUAGCAGUAGUGUUUGUAGACCCCCACAGCCAAGCACCCACAGAUGAGCAUGAGCCCUACCUAGACUUUUAUGAUAUGGACUAUGGGAUUCCUGCCGAGGAAAUGCCAGACACCACUCAGGGCCUGGCAUAUUUUGUGGCCACCAUUGUUAUCGGGGUGGUCCUUGUCUGCAUCAUGCUUGUGUGUGGCAUCGGAAACUUCCUGUUUAUAGCAACCCUGGCUCGCUACAAGAAGCUACGAAAUCUCACCAAUCUCCUGAUCGCAAAUUUGGCAGUCUCCGAUUUUCUUGUGGCAGUUGUGUGCUGCCCUUUCUUGGUGGAUUACUAUGUGGUGAAACAGCUGUCCUGGGACCAUGGAAAAGUGCUCUGUGCCUGCGUUAACUACCUCCGAACCGUGUCUCUGUACGUGUCCACCAAUGCCUUAUUGGCCAUCGCUGUAGACAGGUACAUGGCAAUCAUUCACCCAUUAAGGCCCAGGAUGAAACAUCAGACUGCAUACUGUUUGAUAACAGGUGUGUGGGUUGUUCCAGUCAUCAUCUCCAUACCUUCUGCUUACUUUACAUCUGCAACCAAAGUACCUUAUGGUGCCAAUCGCAGUAAAACCUUCUGUGCUCAGAUCUGGACAGUGGACCAGCAGCUUUACUACCGUUCCUACUUCCUUUUCAUUUUUGCUGUGGAGUUCCUGUGCCCAGUCCUGAGCAUGGCACUGUGCUACAUGCGCAUCUCCAGGGAGCUUUGGUUCAAAAGCGUGCCUGGUUUCCCGACAGAUCAGAUCCGGAAGCGCUUGCGUUGCCGGAGAAAGACAGUCAUGGUGCUUAUUGGGAUCCUCACGGCAUACAUUCUCUGCUGGGCUCCUUAUUACGGCUACACCAUCCUGCGUGACUUUUAUCCGACGCUCAUCUCCAGGGAGAAGAAUUCACUGGUAGCGUUUUACAUUAUCGAGUGCAUUGCCAUGAGCAACAGUAUGAUCAACACCUUCUGCUUCGUCAGCGUGAAGAAUAACACAGCAGUGUACUUCAAGAGGAUUGUGCUGCUACGCUGGAAAUCCACUUACACUGCUAGGAAGACGGAUGUGAGGACACUGUCCAUGCCUGUGACUGAGGAAAUUGAUUGCAUACAGCUGGGAUAAAAAAAAAUUGUAGAUUUGCAGCCGAUUUUGGAGAUCUUAUCUGGAGAUCUCACCUAGCUGUAAAUUUGACAUUAGGAAAUCCAUCAUAUGGCUUAGCCUUUGCUUUUGCAGUGUUGACGAUCUUUGGCAGAUCUACUGAAUGUAAUCAAAUAAACAAACAAAAAGGUUUUCAUUAACUAGUUCAGUUUUAUCUACAACACAUUGGAUUUAUUUCAAGCAAAUUCUCAUUUAAGUCACAAUCAUUGUUUACUUACUGUUAAGUAUCUCUGUCUGUGUUGGUAAGUUGUACAGUGGUUUUGGUAAUAAAAGUCCUUUUUCUCAGUGAAAAUGAGAAUCAUAUUUAAUGGUUUAUCAAUUAAACCCAAUUGGUGUUUUUUUUGUUUGUCUGUUUGUUGUAUUAUUUUCUUGAGUGCCUCUAAGUAGAUUUAUAAUGCAGUGUUAAUUAUAAAAUAUAGUUGUUAGUAGAUCGCUUCAAGUGGAUUUCUGAUUAACUUAGACAAACUGACCAAUGGUUUAUGUCUAGGAGCUCAUGACUUUUGUAUUGUCUCUUGUGCA